UGUUUAAUCUAGGAUGGAUGCAACUCUGAAAGAGCUGACCAGCUUAGUGAAAGAAGUCUACCCGGAAGCGCGGAAGAAGGGCACGCACUUCAAUUUCGCAAUUGUUUUUACAGAUCUCAAGAGGCCUGGAUAUAGGGUGAAGGAGAUCGGCAGUACCAUGUCAGGCAGGAAGGGCACAGAUGAUUCCAUGACGUUGCAGUCUCAGAAAUUCCAGAUAGGAGACUACUUGGAUAUAGCAAUUACUCCUCCGAAUCGCGCACCGCCCCCAUCAAGCCGCAUGAGACCGUACUAAACUAUUGCUUCUUUGUAUGAUUACAUCUUCGUUUAUUCCUACUUGCUGUUCUAAAGCAGGCUUAUUUUUUUGCUUUUGUUGCUAAGCAAGAACACCUGAAGACAAAGCUAAGCAUCAGAAAUGAAAGUUAACUUUUAAACCUUUACUCUUAGUUUAUUUGUUUAGAAGAAACACUUGUCUUUAGCAGCGCCAUCAUGCUAUCCCUGAUUGUUAUAGUUUGAACAGUAAGUCAGCUUGUCCAGUGUUUCAAGAUUUCCAUAAAAUAUAACCAGGAUUACAGGUGUUCUGUAGUUCUGUCGUUUGGAAUAAAGACUGAUGUUGUUAGUCUU